GUUUUCAUGAGCUGAACGGACGUCACAGCAGCUCGCUGCUCACUGCUCACUGCACAGCUCUGACACUACAAGGAGAGGAUUGCCUCCCGUCCAGUCCUCCAACAUCAUGGAUGCCUGUGCACGGAUCAGAGGGGUCCCACUGAAGAGCCGUGCCACUAUGAGGAAAGAGACCAUCCAUGAUUGCUCGAAUAUGUGCCUGAAGAGCCUGUUGAAACACAAGAAAGAGCUGUGCAAUGUGGUCGUGGAGCUGCAUAAUAAAGAACCACAGUGUCUAUCAGAACUACAUUAUGUAUGCUUACCUAGUCACACGGAGGGGGAAGAUUUCACUUUACAGGCUCUGACUUCUCUCUCCACUGAGAUGAUGGAGAUGCUUAGAUCACUUCAUGUACAUACCCUUAAAGAUGAAGAGAUUCUACUCCUUAAAGACCCCAAAAGACCCUUUGAGAAAAAAGACAGUGUUUCCGAGGUCAGCUGGUCAAGAGCCUUGUGUAUAUUGAGGCAUAGCCCCACUCCUCAGGUUAGUGUUUGCACCUUGCUGGGGUUGUUGGCUCGAUACACCGCUGGGAUAAGGUAUGCCCUGGAGUUACAGGUUCUGCAGAGGAGCAUGUCAGAAGCAUGUCAAGCUGAGGACGAUGACACCAACCAGUCUGUCUCCUCUAUUGAAGAGGACUUUGUUACUGCUUUUGAGCAUCUUGAAGAGGAGGAUACAGGUGCCCAUAGUCAGCGGAACCUUAGAGAUGUGGCUUCCCAGACGGCCCCCUCUCACUUAAAAGACUUCCCAGGAUCUCACAUCAUAAUAAGUUCCAUACCCAAAAAAUCAGUGUGCAAGGAAAAGGCCACUGCAGAAGUGGCGGAAUCUGUCCUGAAGUCAACCGUAUGGCCUGAGGAUUCAGAGACAUCGUACAAACCUGGUAGUCCACCAAAGGGACGUGCUACCUCCACAACCCCCACAGAGUCAGAUGACUCCGACUGCUCCAGUCCCAGCCCUAUUAUAUUUCUGGAUGAAGUUGGGUAUCAGAAAAGUCUUAAAGCAAAACUUGACUUUCCCAAGAUUCCUGUUCUAAAGGAUGGCGUGGAAGACUCUGACUCAGAAGUCAGUGAAUUUUUUGACAGCUUUGAUCAGUUUGAUGAGCUCAACCAGACUUUUGAUUCCAACAUCAUGGUCCAUAAAGAACAGCCCCUCCCUGGUCAAGCUGAGAAGAAGCAUAUUGACAACUCAGGAUGUAAAUUUGUGUCGAGAGGGUGCUCAACCACAGCAAUGAAUCCUCACAAGUUUGAUCAUAGAACUCUCCCAGCCAAUGUCAAGAAACCGACUCCACUCAAGCCAAGAUCACCAUACAGUAUUCACUCCGAUGCACCAGAUUCCCCACGACCAGCACGAACUCCCUGUGAGGAAAGUGGGCCACUCUUCAGUCCAGUUAGUUCAUCAGCAUUUAGCCCCCUGGGAGAAGGAGGGUCCUUGGUGUAUUUUUGGAAAGCUGAUGGUGAUAGCUCAGAAUUACGUAAACCACAGGACCUUUGCUCGCUGUACAAAACUUACUCUGACUUUGCCAAUAACCUGUCAAGAGAAAUCGUUGGAUCUGUGUGUGGGUACUCUUCCCCUGUUGAUUUUAACAUUAAUAAGAACCUGAGCUGUGUAUGUCACAAAGAGUUCAAAAACACUAAUGGGCAUCUGAUGAAGCUGUCAGACAUUCAAGAGACAGUCACAAUCAACAAAUCACAGUCUCUGAAGGACGGGAUUCAGAAGUUUGCCACAGACUUGGUCGAAAUGAGCCUGGGAAGUGCCUUAAGGGACUUGCAAAAAGGAGUGUCCUCCUGUACCACUACACUUUGCCAUCUGGCUGCAAGGCUGACUUCUUCAGUAUUUCAAAUGGCCUUUCAUGAGAUAGGCAUGCGCCAUGCAUAUGUGCUAAAAGAGCGUGCCAUAAAUGGACUGGCCAGUUUCCUAGUAGGGGAAGCCAUAUCUGGAGCCCUCAGAGAGUUUCUAUUUGUGAAAAAGCAGAUUUUUAACAACACUGUCACUCGAUUUGCAGCAGAUCUUGCUGAGGAGUUAGUGUUUGAAGGAAUUAUGGAGGUUUGCCAAUUUUCACAUCCCUCUACACCUCUCACACCAAGUGACUGGUCUAUCGAACAAGAGGAGGAAGUGGUUUCUUCCUAUGCUUCUGACCUUUCAGAGUCAGUUCUCCAAGAGGCUUUUAUAGAGCUCUCACAAGCUGAUGUGACUUUCACUACACAGGCAGCUAUCAGCAUGUCAGUAGAUAACAUAUGCUAUGUAAGUGCUGAAGAUACUUCUCUAAUUACAAAGACCUGCAGUGCCCAGACCAGCUAUCCUGGAUCUCAGGCUCUAGUAGAGGCUGGUAACCAAGAGCAGGAUGGUUGCACAGUCAAGAAAGCCUUGUAUUGUGUGUCAGGUAUGGCCAGUUGUGUUCCAGUACCUGUGGCAGGCCAGGUCAUAUCUCAUGUACAAAACUUUGAAGAACUUCAGUAUAAAUCCAGUAUUGGUCCCACAUGUCAGACCAGCCGUAAAAGAACCAUUUGUUGCCAAGGGGAUGCUUCAACCUCAGAUACUUCUGCUGCAACUCAGUCUGAACCAUUACCAGGUCCUGCAAAAAAACAGGAUGCUAAUGAUGAGGAAAUUGUUGGCAAUCCAUCCACUGAAAGUGAUUGUAGCAAACCCUCAAUUGGCAAGACUUUUCAGAACUUCUCUGGCAAUAUGGUGGACACCAUAGUAGGUGAAGCAUUCGAUCUUAUGCAUUCUUCAACAAAAGUAAAGAAAAAAGUGGAGGAUUGCGCAGACUUUCUGAGCAAAACGAUAGCUGCGCAUAUAUCCUCUCCAAGCCAUGGACCGGUUAAAUCACAUAACAAAUCAACACAGAGUUCACAAGCUCAGAGAGCUCCCUCUCACUUGGUGUCAAAGGGCACAUGUGACUCAGAACUAGCCAAAAGUAUACUUCCAGUCUCCAAACCCACUUCAGAAGUCCGUCCUGUCACGAGAAGGGACACACUAGAAGUGCCCAGUUUUGCAGUGUCCUCCUGUGGUGGUAGAAAGGUAGGUGUAGAGGAGCUCUUUAGCAGCAACUCUGGAAUGAAAUCAGUUGAAACUCCAAGCACUCCACCCUCAAGCCCUCAGCAGCCAUCAGACGAGCACAGUGAGAAACGGAUCAAACAUUUCUCCAAAAAGCUCAAAGGUAAACUUGCAAAAGAAUUCUCUCCUGCAACCCCUCCACCCACCCCUUAUUACCCACCUGCCACCGACUCCAAUGAAGCAGGUUCAGUUUCAGACAAAGUAGAUUUUGUGAUAAAGCUCAUUAGGUCUCUUUCUGAAGAAGCUGGUAGCAAUGAAGAUGAUGAGGAUGACCGGGAAGAUGGCCCUCAUUCCAGAAACUCCCAGGUGAAGCUGAGCCCUUAUGUAAGGAACAGAGUGAUUGAGAGGGGUGCGCUCCAUUAUGCUGAGCGUUUAGCGUGCCACAUUGUUUCCAUGGCAACUGAGAUGGACACACUAAGUUUUGGAGAGGUAAAAAAUCCUGUUGGCGAUGAAAGCAAAGGCAGCAUUGCCUUGCAUAGCGCACAGUUUUCAGAGCAGACGUUGAAUUCUUUGUGGACGUACGCUGGUGAAGUAGCUGGAGAAGUCAUCAAUGAUGUAAAGAGGAUGAUGAGCUCAACCCACUGUCAUCACAAAACAAUAAAAGGAGGAUCUGCAAGCUUUGUGGACAAGUGUCAGGGUGGAGAUUACAAAGACUCCCUUCUGGGAAGCUUGGCUCAUCAAUGGUCUGGUGAUGUCCAAGCAUCAGUCCAUAACUCUCAGAGUGGCGGUUCCAGUGGGAUGUCAUCAGAGUAUCCAAGCUGUGAAAGUGUCACUGAUGAAUAUGCAGGACACAUUAUUAAGGUCCUGAAGAAAGAGGGAGGCAACCGAGAGCUUAUACUGGAUCAGUAUGCCACUCGUUUGGCGUAUCGAUCGAUUAAAUCAGGCCUGGCUCAUGCAGCACGAAAAAUAAAGCAGAGAUCCCCAUUGAGGCUUCACUCCUCUAGGCGUCUACACAAUGAUCGCAGCAACGAGGCUUCUCAAAUUCCCAUAUCUAAGUCUUCAGUACUUACUCAUGGAAAAGAUGGAUCCUCUUGUGAUUCCCUGCCAUGUGCUUGUCAAGAUGGUCAAGACAUGAGCAGUAAUGAAUAUGUAGAACUUGUGAACUUCGCAGAGUCACUGGCCUACAACAUCACAUGUGACGUUACACGAAAGCUUCGAAUGUCAUCAGUUAGACUGCCAAAAUCUCUCACUGAUUCUUGCCUCUACAGGAAAUCCAACGUAGGGGACUUACCAGAAAAUGUAAUAAAAAGCAAAUUUUCAUGCUCUCUUUUACCUAACACAGAGACUAACAGGCUGUAUCAUAGCACUGGCAGCCUGAAUGACAGCAAAUGCAACAACGGUGUCAUGCAAGUGAUUGAACAUUAUGCCAGGAAAAUUGUCGAUGACACUUUGGAAAUGACACUGGGCCCGGGAUUUUUUCAGGCUGCCGGGGACAGGAGGGCACAAGAACUGAAUUCUUUCACAGAUAAGCUGGCAGAGGCUUAUGAAGCCUGCCGAUACUGCCAUGGUCGAGAUUGCCUGUUUUGCAGUAGAGAAGGUCGUCGCAGUUUCCAGGGACUGAAAAAAAGGAGGCAACAGGAUUCUGAUGCAGUGACCAGGCUGGAAAUUCCUAGAAUUCACAUUGAUUUGGAUAAGAGAUCUGCUUUUGCUGAGGAAAUGGUGUCCAGUGCAAUUGAGAAAGCAAAAAAUGAACUGAGCUGCUCCAGCCUGAAUGCAGACAGUGGGAUUGGUCAUGAUGGCGUAAGCUUUGCAGAAAGCCUCACCACAGAGAUUAUGACAUCUGCAUUAUCCAACAUCUGCCAAAUGGUCAACCUUGGUACUCCUAGGAGAGAGGGUAUCAAUGUGACAGAAUCAACUGAGAGUCAGCAGCUCAGUUUGAGUGUUGGGGAUGACAGUCUUGGUAGCUGGUCCAAUUUGAGCUUUGAAGAAGACCACCCAGAUGAGAGCAGCAGCUUUCACCAUCUAAGUGACAGCAGUAAUGGAAACAGCAGUAGCUGGAGCAGUCUGGGUUUAGAAGGCGAGGUUUAUGAAGAACAUUUGUCCUUCUCUCCAUCAGACAGCGACUACACUGAAGAGAAGGAAGCAGAGACCAAGGACGAUUCGGGUGGAGCAGUGCGAGUGGAGAGGGAACAUGGGCAGGCAGAAAGAGCUCUGCUGGUGGUCAGUACAGAUGUGAACGGCCGGACUCUGGACCCCCAGCUGACAGCAGUGCUCCAGUGGAUAGCCGCCUCUAUUGCUGAUCUGCCUUUAAUGCAGCUGAGCCAUUACUCUGCUCAAGAGCUCCAGCAGCUGCCAGCCAUGGCUCAAAGGCUGAGGGAGAGAGAGUUCAGGGUCGGGGAGCUCCUGCAGGCUCUGCUGAGAUACUUUGAAGAAUGCCACAAUGAAGAAGACCCUGAGACAGGAGACGUGCGGCACAGCCACAAGAGCCUGUUCCAGUGGCUUCUAGAACAGGCAUAAAUCACAAUCACACACUGCUGUCAUCUGUCAGCCAUUAAAACGAUGAAGUUUCCAGUCACUUUUACAGUGAUCUGCAUUGUAUCUGCCAAACAUACAGGCAUCGCCAGUGGAAUGUGUUUAUGUGUUGUGUAUUGCUUAUGCACCCGUGGCCACCCAGGGGGCACCACACAAACAACUGAAGUAAUCUAAGAGCCGUUUGUUCAAGUGUGUGUGUUGCAUGCCAUGACCAAAAGUACUUUUUGCUUGCUUUCACCUCGCUUUUUUGUUGUCACGUUGUUUUCUUUGAGGUUAGACUGCAUAUCACUCGUUUGGUGCGCCAUCGCUGAUGCCUACCCAUGUGUUUUGCUGCCACACCCUGCCAUAGUUUUCCUACACAAAAGACGGAUGAGUAGUUGUUAUGUUAAGGAAUCCCCAUUGCUGCAGGAAAGCUUAUGUCACCUCCAUACCUCACAUUUAGGGUGAUGUUUCCAUUUGUUUUAGGGAACAGCCAAGCAAUCCACCACUGCUCCGGGUUUCUGGUUGGUAUUACAUUACACAUAACAAAGAGUAAUUAUGACAAUUAUUUCAUUAUCAUAUUUGCCCUGUUGAGCACAUUUUUGGCAACAACACUUGGAUACCAGUCAUAACGAUUUAAAAAUAUUGUUCAGUUGAUUAAUCUCACUGUAAUUAGAGAGACACUUAUCAAACGCUGCUGUUUAAAGAAUCUGUCAACAAAUAUUAACUUUCACAUUCCCCUGUUGUGAGUCACAUUUUUUUCCAAUCAUUAUUUCAGGACAAUAAGGCCAUAAUUAGUAUUAAAAAAAAAAUAAAAAUAAAAAAUCCUGUAGCUAUAUACUGAAUAUUCUUUGGUUUAAAAUCAUUCUGCAUACGUUGGUUCAGUAAAUAUGCUAUUGAAAUGAAUUGUUUACACCAAACACUACAAUUAGAGUGUACAUGAUCCAAUGCUUGUGAAUGAUAAACCCUAACAAAACAAUUUGUUUUGGUUACUAAAGAAGUGAUGUUUGUUGCCAAGUUACUAAAAAACACAAGUAUACUUUUAAAGUAUACUUCUACCUUGAGAAGCUGCUAAUCAAGUUACAGAACAUGUAAACCUGCUUCACCAAAUGAGGAAAUCCCUUGUAAGCAUUUAAAGUAUCUAGAGAGGGGCAUUUACUCUAUUUUUUUCUAAUUGCCUCUUGGUAUUGUCCACACAUUGAAGGUUAGUGUGAGGUGCAUUAUUAGUUACUGUAUAGUGCAUUACUAAAUGAGGACACGUGCACUGAGUAUGUCUUAACAGAUCAACAUCUGGUGCUGUUUAACACUACAGCAGGGACUAAUCAACAGUCUCUUUCAUGCUGACCCUCUGACUCACUGCCUGCCCUUUCGUAGGCACUACACGUAAAUAUUGCACUUUACUAAGGAAUGGUUAGACAGGCCAUUUCCCUAUACCUUUGUCUAGACCUCAAAAACAUUUUCGUUUAAUUGCAGUGCUUAAAUAAUAGAACACUGUAGAUUGCCAAAGGCUAGUAGAAAUCAGGAAGUUUUGUGCUUAAAGGAGUAGUUCACCCCAAAAAGAAAAUUUUCACAUUAUUUAUUAAAGUUUUCCUUUUAAAUUGUAUUUUCAUGAUUCUGCUCCAACAGGUUACAGUCUGAGAAAUGAGAAACGUUGUGGAGGCAAUCAAAGAUGGCCAUUGUUCUGUCUUGAGGAUUAUUUCAUAUUUUUGCAUUGUUGCGUGCAUGAUGUGCUUUCAGUCCAUGCUUCAUGUAUUUCUCUUGACAUGUGCAUGGAUGUAUUCUUCAUGGUAUCUUCAGUGCCGACUCAUUCUCUUGUGCAUGGUUUGUGUCCAGCCAACACCAUAUAUGCUCACACUACCAGUGAUUCACUACAGUGGAAAAAAUGCAAGCACAUUUUUGUAUUUUUGCUGUUAUGUAACAUUGGAGCUGCCAAAUAUGUUUGGCUCUAGGCUUAUAUGGUAUUGUUUACAUUCUUUUGAAAUAUUUUACAAACAAAAAAUUUGCCAUACACUGUGUUGAGUUGGUAAUUUUCCUAUUUGUUAGUACUAGUAAAUAUCACCUAAACCAUAAUGUGGGAAAAGAAUGCGAAGUUAAAGGGAUCAUUCUCCCAAAAAUGAUGAUUCUGUCAUCAUUUACUUACCCUCAUGUUGUUCCAAACCCAUAUGUCUUUCUAUCCUAUGUGGAACACAAAAUGGGGCGUACCAGUUCGGAACGACAUAGGGUGAGUAAAUGAUGACAUAAUUUUUCUUUUUGGGUAACCAAUCCCUUUAAAUAUAAGAAAAUGUGUACCUUGAAGCUUGGGGUGGAUGAUGAAAUGAAAAGGAGUUAGCACAACCAUGCCGUAACCAUCCACGUUGCCUCAUUCUGAGUGGGAUUGUGCAUCUGUGCUCUUGCAGUAAUGGUUAUCAUUCAUGCUGUAGAUGGUCCGCCCUUGUGUACUUAUUCCCCAUAUUUUUGUGUACAUUCCUAUCUUUCACAAAUGAUCUAUUGUUAUUUUGUGUUAUCAAAGGCUGCUUGUAUAAUGCAGAGUUCAUGCCAUUCUGAACAGAUGAAUAUUUUGUUACUUGUGCAGUGUUCCUUCAUCCAGUAUCUCAUAGUGUAGUGGGCAAAUGAUACACACUGACUUCUCUAUUUUAUCCUACCCAGUUGUAUAGUCUUGCCAAAUAAGAUAUUUAAUAAUUUAUGUAAGUAUAAGUUGCAAUGCUGAGUACACUAUUUGUCCCUCCAGUGAAGUUGCUGAGUAGUUUACACAUUAAAGCUUAAUGCACUACACCUGUACACUGUAAAAAGCUGUGGGUAAUAAAGCUUUUUAAUUUGAA